CUGGAGCCUGCGCUGCAGCCACGAGGGGGUUAACCGAAACCCCACCCCCGGGCCUGACAUCACGGGCCGAGCGGGCCGGGCCGGGCAGAGCGAGCGCGGCGGCGGCUGCAGCUGCACAUUGUUCCCCGCGCCCCCCGCCGCCUCGGACCCGGGCCGGCCAUGGACGCCCGCGAGCCGGCGCCGAGCGGGAGGCUGUGAGCCCGCCGCGCGCCCCUCCCCGAGCCCGUGUGCGUGGACGGCGAGGGCGGGACCGGAGGAGGCGAGGGGGGACAUGACCCGGGCCACUCGCGCCGGGCAGCCGCCGCGCCGCUGAGCCGCCCGCCCCGCCCGCCCGCGCACGCUGCCCGCCGCCGGAGCGCUGUCCUCGGACCCGCGUGGCCGCAGCCCCGCGCCCGAUGGCCCGGAUGGGGCCGGCGGGCGCCGCUGGACGCUGGUGGGGACUCGCGCUGGGCUUGAGCGCCUUCUUCCUCCCAGGUGCCCGCGCCCAGGCCGUGCAGGUGAACGACUCCAUGUCCGGCUUCAUCGGCACCGACGUGGUGCUGCACUGCAGCUUCGCCAACCCCCUGCCCGGUGUGAAGAUCACGCAGGUCACGUGGCAGAAGGCCACCAACGGCACAAAGCAGAACGUGGCCAUUUACAACCCCUCCAUGGGGGUCUCGGUGCUGAUGCCGUACCGCCAGCGCGUGCAGUUCCUGCGGCCAUCCUUUGUGGACGGCACCAUCCGCCUCUCGCGCCUGGAGCUGGAGGACGAGGGCGUGUACAUCUGCGAGUUCGCCACCUUCCCCGCGGGUAACCGCGAGAGCCAGCUCAACCUCACCGUGAUGGCCAAGCCCACCAACUGGGUGGAGGGCGCCCAGGCCGUGCUCCGCGCCAAGAAGGGGCAGGACGAUAAGGUGCUGGUGGCCACCUGCACGUCGGCCAACGGGAAGCCCGCCAGCAUAGUGUCGUGGGAGACACGGCUGAAGGGCGAGGCGGAGUACCAGGAGAUCCGGAACCCCAACGGCACGGUGACCGUCAUCAGCCGCUACCGCGUGGUGCCCCGCCGGGACACCCACCAGCAGUCCCUGGCCUGCAUCGUCAACUACCACACGGACCGCUUCCGGGAGAGCCUGACCCUCAACGUGCAGUAUGAGCCAGAGGUGACCAUUGAGGGCUUCGACGGCAAUUGGUACCUGCAGCGCUCGGACGUGAAGCUCACGUGCCACGCAGACGCCAACCCGCCAGCCACGGAGUUCCACUGGACCACGCUGAACGGCUCCCUCCCCAAGGGCGUGGAGGCCCAGAACAGCACCCUCUUCUUCAGGGGCCCCCUCAGCUACAGUGUGGCGGGGACCUACAUCUGCGAGGCCACCAACCCCAUCGGCACCCGCUCGGGCCAGGUGGAAGUCAACAUCACAGAGUUCCCCUACACGCCAGCCCCCCCUGAGCACGGGCGCCGCCACGGCCCGGUGCCCACGGCCAUCAUCGGGGGCGUGGUGGGCAGCGUCCUGCUGGUGCUGCUGGUGGUGGGCGGCAUUGUGGUGGCCCUGCGCCGCCGGCGCCACACCUUCAAGGGCGACUACAGCACCAAGAAGCACGUGUACGGCAACGGGUACAGCAAGGCAGGCGUCCCGCAGCACCACCCGCCCAUGGCGCAGAAGCUGCAGUACCCCGAGGACUCGGACGACGAGAAGAAGCCGGGCCCGCUGGGCGGCAGCAGCUACGAGGAGGAGGACGACGAGGAGGGUGGCGGCGAUCGCAAGCUGGGGGGCCCGCACCCCAAGUACGACGAGGAUGCCAAGAGGCCCUACUUCACGGUGGACGAGGCCGAGGCCCGGCAGGACGGCUACGGGGACCGGACCCUCGGCUACCAGUAUGACCCCGAGCAGCUGGACUUGGCCGAGAACAUGGUGUCCCAGAACGACGGCUCCUUCAUUUCCAAGAAGGAGUGGUACGUGUAGGGCGCCCGGCCCCACCCGCACGCCCCCGCCGGGUCUGCCAGCCCCACCCCCCGGUGCUGUGUCCGACUGUGGCUUUGGUCUUGCUGUCCCCCCGCCCCCACCCCCGCCCCACGCGCCCACGGGAGCCCCGUUCUCGUCACCCUCUGUACCGGGGUGUGGGGCGCUAGCCCCCCAACACUGGAAUCUGUUCUCUCCCUUGGGACUGGAGGGGCUACGCGGAGCCCCUUCAGCCCCCCCAUGCUGCUCCCCUUUCCCCAGGGAGAGGGACCCCCACGCCCCCCACGUGAGCUCCGGCCUGGCACCCGAGAGGCAGAACGGGGGUGCGGCCCCGCCCGGUGCAUGAGGGAGGGCCCCUGGCAGGAGGGGGUCUCCCUGAGUCCCGCCCCCGUGGGACAGGGGCAGGUGGGCUCCAGCCCCUCCCUCCUCGGCUCACACGCCUUACGCAGGCUGCUCACUGCCGGGCCGCCUCGCCCGCGCCCCCCUCCCGGCAGGGGCCCCUCUCUGGCGGCGCCCACGUGGGGGGCGUCUGCGGGAACAGGGGGCACGGCGGGGCAGGCGCUCCAGCUCCCCACGACCGGGCGGGAGGCAGGUAGCCGCUGGCCCACUGUCCACUCUGUAAGAAGGGGCGCUUGGGGACACUCCCCUGUGCCCAGGGGGCUCUGAGCUCAGCCGCUCACCCCCACUCCAGCCUCACGGCCCCCCAGCUCCAAGUGCCUCAGCCCCCGACUCCACGUGGGAAGGCCCUGGGGUGCAGGGGCUGUGGGGGCCAGCGCUGGGGGGAGGCCGGCCAUGGAGUGCCCCGAGGUGCUGGCUGACCUAACUGCGCCCCCACCCGGUGCUGCUACUGAACCCCACCGUCCCUCCCGGCCGGCAGCCCUGGGCCUCCCACUGUGCCCCUCGCCCAGACCACCCAGUAGCCACGUAGCAGAAGUCUGAAGCCAUGCCAGCCUGGGCAGCACGUGCCCCUUGGCAACGGGGAAUCUGGGAAGGGGUACUGGGGUUCUGCCCACCCUGGGGAAGGGGCGGGGGCACUCACUGCCUCCAGGGCCGGGCACCGCACCGUGCAUCCACUCACGGCCCUCUACCCCACCAUCUCAUGUCAUGCUGGCCCUCUGCUGGGUCCCCUUGCCCCAAGGUAGGAUGCCAGCCUGGGGGCCUGCCUGUAAGAGGUGUUCUCUACGCCCUGGAAAUUGAGAGUGAAACGACUCUCCCAACACCCCCGCCCGCCCUCCUCCCCUCUGACCCUGCACUGCCACCCCGAUUUCUCUUUCUACAAUGGACUGAGGGCCCAGCCAAAGUACCGAGUCCCCCGAAGACACCUCCACACCCUCCCCCCAAAACAAAGCACAAAUUGUGGGUCUUGGGGGGCCACGGGGCGCCCGGAGAGAGCACAAGUCUGGUCACGCUGGGACCUGCGGAGAUGGCGUGUGGCGGGUGGGCGCUGCCAGUGGCACGAGGGCAGAACCUCCCGGACCCCCGAGACCCACUCUCCACCGUGGCCAGAAGCUCCGCAUCCAGCUGCCCUGCACUCGGACCCCAUGCGCAUGCCCGUCUCCUCGCUGCCCUGCCGGUCUCAUGGAGGGGGGGCAGAGCCCCCCUCUAGGAGGAGCCAAAAGGGGCGAGCACGGGCUGGCACCUGGAGGGGUCUGGCCUCGACCCUCCUGCAGCGGCAUCAUCGGGAAGUUGGGGACACAGCAGCGCCUGUGUCGGGCGCGAGGGGCCCGCAGGGACGCCCCCUCCCCCCCGUCCGGUGCUGCUCUGCGCCUGCUGAAAAGUGGGGUCUGGGCGGGAGCUGGGGGCCCCCUCUUUUGUACACACGAGGCGCCAGGAGAAGCCUCCUGCGUCCUCUCUGACCAAGGGGGUGCUUGCCUCACCCCCUUUCACUUGUAUAAAAAAAAAAAUGAUGGGUUGAAGCUAUACUGACCGAGGAGAAAUAAAUGAUGUACUUUUUUAUAAAUAAAGUGUUUAAAACA